CAUUGUGAAUCGUUGACUGAACAUACUAUACAUCUACAGUCUACGUCUAAAGAAAGAAGAAUCUAACCUAACUUAACAUAACCUAAACAGCCGGGUCGAAUAGUUUGUUGCAGGAGAAAAUGUAUCCAAGAUAACAAUGACACGUUUGAUUGCAUAAGCUGAACCGAAAUUGCUAAAUUAAUGAGUGACAAAAUCAAACGUUAGCAGUUAAACAAUUACUGAAAAUGAUUUUCAUUCUGAGACUGGGUGCAUACAAUAAAUUGAGGAGCGUGACUUCUUGUAUAGCUAAAAUCAGUCAACCCGUACGUUUUCAGUCAAACACAUUGACUCGUUUUCACGAUUAUCAGUUAAUUUACAAGUACCCGUUGAUACGGCUUUCCAGUAUCGUUAACAGGUUAAAGUUGUAUCAAACAAUUGCAACCGCUACUGGUAUACCUGGUACAGUGGUUCUUGCCAUUUCAGAUUUCAUUACUACGGAGACUGCCGUCGUGUUUGCAGUAACUGGAAUCAUGUGGUGUUUGGGAUUUUUUAUGAUUGGUUUCCUUGGUCAAAAUCGAGUUGGGAUGAUAUACUUAAUGGAUGAUCAAAAAACUGUAAAAAUUUCAUAUGCAAAUACUUGGGGAACCAAAGUCGACAUUGAGGUGGACAUAAAUGAUAUUUUGCCUCUGAGUGAGAUAUCUACCAAUCCCAUCCUGCCUUAUUACAGCUUGCAACGUUACUCUACAAAGGAUACUCUCAAAUUCAAUUUGAAAUAUGCAAUUAUUGAAGACCCUGCUAAAUUUAAACUAAUAUUUGGUGAUAAUGCUCUAGCGAAGAAAAGUUAGAAUUAAAAAUAAGUAUUCCUAAGUAUUUAAAAUGUAUGUAGAAUAAAUAAAUAUUUUUUGCCAAA